AUGCUCUUCUACGCCAUAGGAAUACUUCUCCUUACUCAUGCAGGUUACUCUGCCUUCGAGCAUCACAAGCUUGCCAGUCACACAAUCCAUUCCGCUCUACCUUUGGAUAUAAUUGUUGAAACCAUAGUUGCCACGGUGAUAAUUGUAUUCGGCAGCAUAACAUCAAUCAAAAACUCGCCAGCAUUAACUUUAGAUAAUGAAGUCGUCACCAUGGAUUCCCAAUAUCUCAAGCCGAUCAGGGCGACUGAUGCGCUGCAAUUGGAUCAAAUUGUUGGUGUGAGUGAGUAUGAUAGAUUUGACAACCGAAUUGAAUUUGUUGAUGUUAUUGCCAAAAGACGGGAGUAUGCUGAAUGGAUAAAAGAGCAAGAAUAA